UUCUUCUUCGCCAUGCGUACCACCACUUCCAAGCUCCUGCUCAUAUGCGUCCUAGCUGCGGCCAGCUUGCUGGCCUCCGAUGCACUUCAGCUCGGGGCGGCCGGCGGCUCAGCCGGCGCAAGCUGCAUACCACGGGAGCGGGACGCCUUGCUUUCCUUCAAGCGCGGCAUCACCAGCGACCCCUUGGGCGUCCUUGACUCGUGGCACAAGGAAGACUGCUGUCAGUGGAGGGGCGUCAAGUGCAGCAACCGGACAGGCCAUGUUCUUAGGCUUCAUCUUCGUAAUCUACCCCUGGAAGGGUACUACCAAGACAACACAGCUUUGGUUGGCGAGAUAAGUAAUUCUUUGCUCUCCUUGGAUCGUCUCGUGCGCCUUGAUCUCAGCAUGAAUUACCUCGAGGGCCCAAGUGGCCGCAUGCCGGAGUUCUUGGCCUCUUUGACGAGAUUGAGAUAUCUCAACCUCUCCGGCAUACCAUUUUUGGGCAGAGUGCCCCCUCAGCUCGGCAACCUCUCAAACCUGCAGCAUCUUGACCUCUCAUGCCAUCGCCAUGGAAUGUACUCAACAGACAUUUCAUGGGUAGCGCUCAUCCCAAAUUUGCAGUCUCUUGGAAUGAAUGGGGUAAACCUCAGCACAAUUGUUGAUUGGCCUUAUGUUGUCAAUAUGAUUCCUUCUUUGAAGGCCCUUGACCUUGGGUCUUGCUCUCUUUCAACCGCAAAUCAGUCGCUCCCGCAUAGUAACCUUACCAAACUCGAGAGGCUUGAUCUCUCUGGCAACAUGUUUCCCCACCCAAUGGCACGAAGUUGGUUUUGGAAUUUGACAGGCCUCCAACAUCUCUACCUUGCCGACACUCAACUGUACGGUCAAGCUCCUGAUGCACUGGCACAAAUGACGUCCCUUCAAGUCAUUGAUUUGUCAUUUAAUCGUAACAUGGGAACGAUGACUACAAGCUUCAGAACACUAUGCAAUAUGAGAAUCCUGGACAUUUCUUCUUGCCAUAUUGAUGGAAAUAUAAAGGAUAUUAUAGGGAGGAUGCCGCACUGUCCCUUGAACAAACUGCAAGUGUUGCAUUUGGGAUCCAACAAUAUUACCGGAAUAAUUCCGGAACAGAUAGCACACUUAACCAGCUUAGUCGUUCUUGAUAUCUCUCAGAACAACCUAGCUGGAGGUAUACCACGAGGGGUAGGGAUGCUCUCUAGUUUAAGCAGCCUUGAUCUCUAUAUGAAUUAUCUUAGUGGACCUGUGCCAUCUGAGGUUGGCAUGCUCGGUAAUUUGACCACAUUGAGUCUGGAACAUAACAAUCUUAGCGGACAUGUUCCAUCUGAAAUCGGUAUGCUUGGCAAUUUGGCUACGUUGGACCUUCGAGACAACAACUUGAUUGGUGACUUCACUGAAGAACAUUUUACAAGUCUAACGAGGUUAAACAGGCUGCUAUUAAGUGGGAAUUCCUUGCGGAUUAUAGUUGGUCCCAAUUGGAUACCACCCUUCAGUUUACAAGACAUACAUCUUGGCUCUUGCCAACUGGGCCCUUCGUUUCCUGCAUGGCUUCAGUUCCAAGUGGACAUGUGGCUGAUGGAUAUAUCUAGCACAGGUAUAGUGGAUAGGCUUCCUGACUGGUUCACCACUACAUUUGCAAAGGUCAUAUAUCUAGACAUCUCCAACAAUGGAAUAAGUGGCAGGUUGCCAAGAAACAUGGAAUUCAUGGCACUGGAACGUUUCUUUAUCAAAUCAAAUAAACUGACUGGUGGAAUCCCCAACUUACCAAGAAGUAUUAUCAGCCUGGACAUGUCUGAAAACUCUUUAUCCGGAAAUUUGCCAUCAAACAUUGAGUUUACAGAUUUGAGAUCAUUAUGGCUGCGAUCCAAUCAAAUAACUAGUCGUAUUCCGGAAUCUCUCUGCAAAGCGGAAUCCUUGUAUUCCUUGGACUUGAGCAGCAACCUUUUGGAGGGUCAACUUCCUCCAUGUUUUGGGGUGAUGGGCAGUGCCUUUCUCAUGUUGAGUAACAACAGAUUCUCAGGCAAGUUCCCGUCGUUUCUAAAAAAUAUGAGAGAAUUGAAGUCUCUAGAUCUAUCACAUAAUAGUUUUUCCGGAAGGUUACCAUUGUGGAUCGGAGAGUUGGUUGAAUUAAGAUUUCUGGGGCUAAACCAUAAUACAUUUUCUGGAGGAAUCCCACCUGCCAUCUCAAAUCUUAGUCGCCUUCACCAUCUGAACCUAGCAGGCAAUGGCUUAUCAGGUGCCAUACCGUGGCAUCUAUCAAAUAUGAAGGCCAUGAUAGGAAAGGAUGCAAAGGAUUUCUCCGACAUGAAUGAACUGUAUUCUACCGAUUACUUUGAUACGUUCCGUUCGUUAGACUUUUCCUCUGCAGUCGUCAAGGGACGGGAACUUAAUUAUAGUGCCGGCAUUUGGGAUUUGGUGAGCAUUGACCUAUCUUUCAACCAAUUAACUGGGGUAAUCCCAGAAGAAAUACUUGUUCUUGAUGGGUUGAUAAACCUGAAUCUAUCGUGGAACCGAUUGAGUGGGGAAAUCCCAAAUAAGCUUGGGGCCUUGCAGGCAUUGGAAUCACUUGACCUCUCAAGGAACAUGUUUUGUGGCAUAAUCCCUUCGAGCCUGUCAGAUUUAAACUAUUUGAGCUACUUGGACUUGUCUAGUAACAAUCUAACAGGGAGAAUACCAUCAGGACGUCAGCUCGACACCCUCUACACACAAGAACCUUUCAUGUACAGCGGCAACAGUGGUCUUUGUGGGCCUCCUCUUGCAAAUAGUUGCACCGGGAAGAAUGUAACAAGGCAAGAUGAUCUAAUAAGGAAUGAGCAUUCCUUUGAGCCAGUGACCUUUUAUUUUGGACUGGUUCUGGGAUUUAUUCUGGGUCUCUGGGUGGUGUUCUGCGUCUUGUUGUUCAAGAAAGCAUGGAGGAUUGCUUAUUUCCGCCUGAUUGACCAGACAUAUGAUCAGAUUUAUGUGUUUUCCGUCAUUACAUGGAAAAUUUGGGCCGGAAAGGUAACUAAUUGAGUAACAGGAGCUCCGAAGAAGCAUG